UUAACCAGAAUGGAAAAUUUUGAAAAUUCUUAUUUCUUACAACUUUUUUUUCAGAUCAUUAAAAUGCACUAGAAAAUGGGUUCUUACAAGAAUGAUUUGCGGGACACGGUACAUUUCAAGGCUGAUCGUGUACAGUUCAGAUUGUACAGUAAAGAGGAAAUCCUCAAAUUAUCUGUCGUUGAAAUCUUUAAUCCAGCCGCCUUCAACCAACUAGGCCAUCCUUUGGACAAUGGGCUGUACGACCUCAAAAUGGGACCGUUCUCCGACAGGAACCUGGUUGUCUGUGGUACAUGCCACUUACAGGCAGAAUUUUGCCCAGGACAUAUUGGACAUAUAGCUCUCCCUAUGCCAGCUGUGAAUCCACUCUUCUAUGCAAAUAUUCAAAAAGUUCUUAAGAUUUCAUGCAUUCAUUGCCAUAGGUUCAAGAUGGCCGAAUGCUUCAAGACGAUGUUCCAAGGACAAAUGAAGCUACUUGAUCUUGGACUUAUCAACCAGGCUCAGGAGGUUUGUGAUAUGGUGAAUAGAAGAGAAGAGUCAGAAGACAAGAAAAGUGGAAAG